AGAUACACAAUUCGAUGGAGUCCUGACUGAGCCUUCACUUCCAGGCACUUCCGCAUCAUGAUUCGACAGGCCCUCACAGCACUUGGAUAUAUCCAUCUUUUAAUGCUCAGUGUACAGCCUCACUGCUCAACGGUAAUAUACCAGUACUCGCAUUCAGGUGUUUAUUCAUAAGUGGUGUUUUCUUUUCACUGUUACUUUUCCUACUCUUCUCAUCCCAGCCCACGUAGACUAUCGUGCGGUAGCUUCGAUAGGAACCUUGGCCACUAUGAAAAUCACCCUUCUAACAGCAGUCCUGAGUGGUAUAUUUGCUACCACGAAUGGGUAUGUACUAGAUGUCGAAGAGGCCGCCAUCGAAACAUUCCAGAAUGCUCGUCGAGCGCUGCCCAACUCUCCCAAGGGAUACACCCCGUCUCGAGUAGAUUGCCCUCGAGAUGCACCUUCAGUACGGGCCGCUUCGUCACUAUCUCCGAACGAGACGGCGUGGCUGGAAAAGAGAAGAAACAAUACCGUGACACCCAUGCGGGCCUUGUUGAGCCGAUUGAAUAUCACAAAUUUUGAUGCGGGCCAAUAUAUCGACAACCAUGCUAAGAAUGCUUCUGCCCUUCCGAAUAUUGGUAUCGCCGUGUCCGGAGGUGGCUGGCGAGCGUUGAUGAAUGGCGCAGGCGCACUGAAAGCGUUUGACUCUCGGACGCCAAAUAACACGGGGGACGGGAAACUCGGUGGUCUGCUACAGUCCGCUACAUAUCUCGCGGGGCUAAGUGGCGGAGGUUGGCUUGUUGGGUCCUUGUUCAUGAACAAUUACUCAACGGUCGGUGAUUUGCAGACAGACACCAGUGGCUCGGUGUGGGAGUUUGGGAACUCCGUCUUCAAAGGACCCGACACUGGGGGCAUUCAGCUUUUUGACACGGCCGAAUACUAUGGUCAUCUGGCCAGCGACGUCGACGGCAAAAAGGAUGCGGGAUUCGACCUUUCUCUCACCGAUGUUUGGGGACGAGCUUUGUCCUUCCAGCUCAUCAAUGCCACCGACGGUGGACCGAGCUACACCUUCUCCUCGAUCGCCAUUUCGCAGCCAUUCAUAGAUGCGGAUUCCCCAUUCCCUAUCCUGGUUUCCGAUGCUCGAGCUCCCGGGGAAAAGUUGAUAUCUGGAAAUGCGACCAUCUACGAGUUUAAUCCAUUCGAGAUGGGCUCAUGGGAUCCGACCUCCUACGGCUUCGUUCCCACCCAGUAUCUGGGUACCAACUUCACAGCCGGCCGUGUUCCAGACAAUGAUCAAUGUGUGAUUGGAUUCGACAAUGGUGGUUAUAUCAUGGGGACUUCAUCGUCCUUGUUCAACCAGUUUAUUCUCAAUUUGAACCAGACUGACAUCCCCGCAAGCCUGAAGGGUUUACUCGCCGACGUCCUAGGGGACAUUGGCCAGGACAACAACGACAUCGCAGACUACACGCCCAACCCGUUCUUCCACUACAACCCCGAAACCAACCCUUCGGCAAACUCGACUCGCCUGACUCUUGUCGAUGGAGGUGAAGAUCUGCAGAAUGUCCCACUACAUCCAUUGAUCCAGCCUAACCGACAUGUUGAUGUUAUCUUCGCCGUCGACUCAUCCGCCGACACCAGCAACAGUUGGCCCAAUGCCACAGCCUUGGUCGCCACCUACGAACGAUCUCUGUCAGAUAUUGCGAACAACACCGUCUUUCCCAGUGUUCCCGACCAGAACACCAUUGUCAAUCUCGGUCUCAACACGCACCCGACCUUCUUUGGCUGCAAUGUGUCCAAUUUUACGGAAGGAUCUAAUAUUCCACCAUUGAUCGUCUACAUUCCCAAUUCGCCAUACAUCACAUUUAGCAACGAAUCUACAUUUACCUUCACCACCAACAACACGUACCGAGACGCCAUCAUCCUCAAUGGUCAAGAUGUGGCCACCAUGGGCAACGGGACGGUGGAUGAGACGUGGCCUACAUGCGUCGGCUGUGCUAUUUUGAGUCGAAGUCUACACCGCACAGGUACCGACGUUCCGGACGUUUGCCAGCAAUGCUUCAACCACUUUUGCUGGAACGGUACGAUUGACUCUUCUGACCCGCGACCUUAUGAGCCGACACCCAUACUUGCCAAGUUGGAUAUUUCGAGCAAGGGGGUGUCGUCCAAGUUGUUCAAUCGCUGGACCGCGGCAGUCGCUGCAGUGAUGGCCGUUGCUCCCUCACUAUAAUACACUUCCUUUUUGGGAUCAAGUCCUUGGAUUUAUGACCCUUGGUGAUAUGAGGACGCCAAAAAAAACAGUUAACAGUAGUUGGAGUUACACAGCAUCACGGCCGAAGGUACACGACAAAAUGAAAGGAGGGCUUGUGGAUUUGAGCGGGUGCAUUCGAACGGCAAUUUGGGAAACAUCUGUCCAGCAUGGAGCAUAAAACUGUGAUUCGUGUUGAUGGUGGGAAUAUCAUGAACUUUUGGACAUGGAGUUGGCAUCGGAGCUAAAUGAGGGAUGUAGGUAUAUAUAACCAGAUGUGACGAGACCUUCGUUUAGAAUACAUUUCCAUGCAACACAAUCUGAGAAUUGAUACUCCCUAGAAUUUGACCAUCACCUCGAAUAACAGAUAGAUGUUGUCACCUCUGUUUGUACUCCGGACUUCGAGUGCCAGUCCCCGUGCCGGUAGCCGAUCACUCCCUCGUGCCCACGCCCUUCACGCCCUUCACUAAUUCUCCCCCUUUUGGUUUUACGACCCAACUAAUUAGGUAUCUCUAGCUACCAGUACUAUAACGCGUACCAUAUUUUGUGACCAUCACCUCUCUAACGUAGGGCACCUCCGUUAGGGAUGAUUUGGCGGACCCUUACGUAGUACUCGUAGACAGUACUCGGACUUCAGUGCGGUCGCGAUGGAGGUGGUGGUGGUGGUUACCUUGUAGUUUCUGAUAGUUUUCCGACCAAGGUACAUAUAGAACAGAU